AUGCAACCCUAUCACCCGCCAGCCCAAUACGGUAUCCAGGCCACCCAGCAACCGCAGAUCCAGCCACACCCUUCAUCGUAUCAAUCCGGAAAUGGCGGCUAUUCGCAGCCAGAAAUUGAGGGAAAUCAAGUGAUUGAAGAAGAGGUCGAGCAGCCAUAUCAACCACAACAACCCGCACCACAGACGCCAUUCCAACCCUAUCAACCGGCUGUGGCAACGACAAAACGACCACCACCAAGGCCCGUGCAGACAAGAACAAUGCCGCCAGUCGUCCCCACUCAGCGUCCUCGUACCCUCCCUCCAGCUGUCAUCCGAACAACAUCUCGACCAAUGCCCCGGCCAGCACCCAUGCCACGUCCUGCACCUAGCAAGCCCGACGCGCCGGCCACCCCGCAGGACACGACUGCUGGGACUACGGUACAAGCAUUGACACAACAGAUCCGUCGUCUCCCCGUGGUGAUGUACGUCGACUCGAGGAAGGAGAGCUCAUCUAAACUCGAAAAUCUGAUGAGAGACACCUAUGGACUGCCCCUUGUCUCUUUCUAUGUUGAUAAGAUUGACCGUCCAGCGACGGUGCAGCGACAUCUCUCCCAGCUGACAGCCCACAAGGGUCUCCCAUAUCUAUUCAUCUGCGGAACCUUCAUCGGAAGCGAGCAACACAUCGAAAACUACCACAAGAACGGGCAGAUUCCCCAGCUGGUGGAAUAUGUAUGCGGGGAGGACAAGAAGAAACUCGGAAAGGACAAGACCAAACAA